UAUACCAAAAUUGUGUGAAAAAUAGUUAAAUAUGGGUAUUUUAGGUUUAUCGAAGUUAAUAGCAGAUAUAGCACCGCAAGCUGUAAAAGAAAUGGAGAUUAAGAACUAUUUUGGCCGCAAAAUUGCCAUUGAUGCAUCUAUGAGCCUUUAUCAAUUCCUGAUUGCUGUAAGAAGUGAAGGUGCCCAAUUAACAUCAGUUGAUGGUGAGACCACAUCACAUCUGAUGGGUACAUUCUACCGCACAAUUAGACUUGUCGAAAAUGGUAUUAAACCUGUUUACGUAUUUGACGGAAAACCACCGGAGUUGAAGUCGCAUCAGCUGAAUAAAAGAGCAGAGAGGCGAGAGGAAGCUGAAAAGGAACUGCAGAAGGCCACUGAAGCUGGUGACCAAUCUCAAAUAGAGAAGUUCAACCGUAGGCUAGUGAAAGUGACAAGACAGCAUGGUGAUGAGGCUAGACAACUGCUCAAGCUGAUGGGUAUACCAGUCGUGGAGGCUCCGUGUGAAGCUGAGGCCCAGUGUGCAGCGCUGGUGAAAGCAGGCAAGGUAUACGGAACCGCUACAGAGGAUAUGGAUGCAUUGACUUUCGGUGCUAAUGUUCUACUACGACACCUCACGUUUUCUGAAGCAAGGAAAAUGCCAGUCCAAGAGUUUCAUCUAGACAAUGUGCUGAAAGGACUCGAACUGGAACAUAAGGAGUUUAUAGAUCUGUGCAUAUUGCUCGGCUGUGAUUACUGCGGCUCCAUCCGGGGUAUAGGACCCAAACGCGCCAUCGAGCUCAUCCGUCAGCACAGAACAUUGGACGAGGUGCUUAAGAAUAUCGACACAAAUAAAUAUCCACCUCCAGAGAACUGGGACUAUGAGGGAGCCAGGAAGUUAUUCUUGGCACCGGAAGUGACGGAUCCGAGUGAGAUUGAGAUAAAAUGGACAGACCCUGACGAAGAAGGUCUGGUAAAUUUCUUGUGUGGAGACAAACAGUUCAAUGAAGAACGAGUUCGGAACGGCGCCAAGAAGUUAAUGAAGGCAAGAACUGGUACCACACAGGGCCGACUCGACGGAUUCUUUAAGGUGUUGUCGACCACACCAAACCCAAAACGCAAGGCAGAAGAAGAGAAAAAGAAUGCAGCUAACAAAAAGGCGAAGGUUGGCGGCCGCGGUCGCCGGCCCAAGUAAAAAUGUUAUUUAUAAUCUGUAUUACCUAGGAUGUUACAAAAUAUGUGUACAAACUGUUAAUUCAUUAAGACAUCUUUACUAAGAGAUUUAAAUUUGACAUUGAUUUAUAUUUUGGAACACCAUGUUAGUUCCACAUUUUUAAUUUAAUUUUUUUUUUAUUUUAACAUUAAAAGAACAUUGAAUAGAAUUUCCACGGCCUUUAGGUACAUUUGUUUCUGUAUAAGGCACCGGUUCAGAUUCCUUAUGUAUUAUAGAUAGCAUAGAGCAAACGAACUUGCAACACAUCUAAUGGCAAAUGAUAAGUUUCCGCCGCCCAUAAGCAAUAUCAGAAUUACGAGAGGCUUAGUAGCUUUUUAAGGGCAUGGAAGGGAAAGGAAUAGGGGGAGA